UGAAGUCCUCUCCAUUCCCCAACCUCUCUCAACCGCUCUAUCGUAUAUUGUUAAUCACAGUUUUCAUUUUCAAAUGGGAGGAGGGGAGAAGAGAGUGGAAAGAGGAUAAACAUCAUCGCAAAGUUUGUCAUCAUUAAAAGGGAAAAUUCCCAGGAAGUGAAAAAUUGGCAUAUAUAUGAUUUCAAAAAACUAAGAAAUCCUUGCAGCCACUCCGCCAUUUUGAUUCUCUGAUUCCCUUUUCUGGGAUCAGAGAAUCAUUAUUGCCUCCUUUCACGUCUUCUUCCAUCUUUAUUUUGACGCCGCAUGCUCAUUUGGAAGACUAAAAUCGACUCAACUGAAGAUAAACAUUUUGAUAUAAUGAGUUUAUUGUAGAGUUGGAUUGAAAGAAAGCAGAUAGGCUUGAGGAGGUGGAUAUUUGAUAUUCAAGACUUAUAAAAAUAAGGCUUUUGGGAAGUUCAAAAUGGGUGUGGCUCAUAACGAUGAUGACGGAAACAUGGAGGGGUGGCUUUACCUCAUUCGUUUGAAUAGGCUUGGCCUCCAAUAUUGCCGCAAACGAUAUUUCAUUCUUGAAGAUAACUGUCUCAAAAGCUUUAAGUCAAUUCCCAUUACUGGACGAGAGGAGCCACUAAGAAGUGCAAUCAUAGACUCCUGCAUUCAUGUCAAAGACAAUGGAAGAGAGAGCUGCAAUAGAAAAGUGUUCUUCAUUUUCACCUUGUACAACACCUCUAACCAUAAUGAUCAACUCAAGAUUGGAGCUACUAGUCCGGAAGAGGCUGCUAGAUGGAUCUGUUGUUUAAGAGAUGCUGCUUUGAAUCCCGAAAAAAACUUAAGGGCACCUGCAGUAAGAAAAUGGCAACCUUUCAGAUUGAGUGUCUCAAAGAGGAAUGCACGAAAGAAGUCCAUAGAUUGGACUGAUGCAUCUUCUUCACAUGUGGAUGCAAUGACAUCUGAUGUUAUAGGUCCUUCACCAUGGAAAAUAUUUGGAUGUCAAAAUGGUUUACGACUAUUCAAAGAAGCAAAAGACAAAGAUUCAAAUGGGAAGCAUUGGGAUAGUCAUCCAGCUAUAAUGGCAGUGGGAGUAAUUGAUGGAACUUCUGAAGCCAUUUUCAAAACUCUCAUGACUCUUGGUCCCUCAAGAUCAGAAUGGGACUUCUGCUUCUACAGGGGGAGUGUGGUUGAACACCUAGAUGGACACACAGAUAUUGUUCACAUGCAACUAUACAAUCAUUGGAUGCCAUGGGGGCUUAAACGAAGAGAUCUAUUGUUGCGGCGUUAUUGGAGAAGAGAGGAGGAUGGCACAUAUGUAAUUCUUUAUCAUUCUGUUGUCCACAACAAAUGUCCGCCACAAGAAGGAUAUGUUCGCGCCACUGUUAAAAGUGGUGGCCAUGUUAUAGUUCCUUCAAAUCAAGGCAAAUCAAGUAUUGUAAAACACAUGCUCUCUGUUGAUUGGAAGUUUUGGAAGUCAUAUCUUAGAAAAGAAACUUCUAGAUCCAUAACUAUAUGCAUGCUUGGGAGAAUUGCAGCAUUGAGAGAGAUGUUUAAAGCUCAACCAGGAAGUUACUCCUAUGACAUUUCAUCUGGAGAGCUAACAAUAUAUAUUCAAUUACCUCUUACUGAUAAGGAGAAGAGAACAAAAGAAGUUUCUCCAGAAAGGAUUGAAAAAGAAAUUGAGAAACAACCAUCAGGCCGCUCGAGCCUAGUCGGGUUGAAUGAUGUGGGAGAUGAGUUUUUCGAUGUUCCCGAACCAUCCGACGACGAACAGUCAGAUCACGGAUGGUCUUCUAGUUCUAGUCCAGAUUAUCACUCGGAUACAUGUCCACAGAAAUCAUCAUCUGCUGCAAAUUUUGUCAAAAAAUUGCAGGAUCUAGCAGUUCAGAAGAAAGGUUAUGUUGAAUUGCAAGAAAUAGCCUGGGAAGAGGGCGAGUCGGGCUGUUAUGGAUCCACUCUUCCUAAAGAUGCAAGUUACAGUAUGGCCUGCAGCUGGGCUGCUGCUGAUACCUCCUCAUUUUUGAUCCGAGGAGAGAACUAUCUGGAAGACCAUCAAAAGGUCACAGCGAAGGGCACAUUGGCGCAUAUGAUUGGUGCAGAUUGGCUACAAUCUGAUAUUCGCGAAGAUGAUCUUGCAGGUCGCCCCGGAAGCAUCAUACAAAAAUAUGCCGCCCUGGAUCGACCAGAAUUCUUCUUUGUGAUCAACAUUCAGAUUCCAGGAACAACAACAUAUAACCUUGCCCUAUAUUAUAUGCUGAAAACACCUCUAAAAGAGAAUCCUUUACUCGAGCGCUUUGUCAAUGGAGAUGAUGCUUUUAGGAAUUCAAGAUUCAAGCUCAUUCCAUACAUCUCUAAGGGAUCAUGGAUAGUGAAACAGAGUGUGGGUAAGAAGUCGUGUUUGAUUGGUCAAGCGCUUGAUGUGCAUCAUUGCCGUGGCAAGAACUACUUGGAGCUUGAUGUUGAUGUUGGAUCUUCCACAGUUGCAAGAGGUGUUGUCAAUCUUGUUUUAGGUUAUUUGAACAACCUUGUAAUAGAAAUGGCCUUCUUAGUACAGGCGGACACUCCAGAAGAUCUUCCGGAACAACUUCUGGGAACGUGUCGACUUAACCAUUUAGAUGCAUCCAAAGCAGUUCAUACUCACACCAUUAGCUAAUAUAAGACGACGAUGAUUGAUAGAUGUUAGUCUUGCGGGAAGGACUAACAUAUAUGAGAGUGCAAAUGUGUUAGUUUGGUGAAUAUUUUCUCUAAUUAAUUGAUCAAUGUGUGAAGUCAUAAUGUGUUGUCCUAAUUAAUUAUUGCAUUCUUCAUUGUAUAACAUCCAUUAAUAAAAAACCUUUCCCUUCAAGGAUUUGUAAACACAAAGUUAUGAAGAAUGUGGAUAUAUUAGUGACUUAGUUGUCUCA